UUAAUUAAUUAAUUAAUUAUUUUAAUAAAAAUAAUUUUGAUAUAUUCGUAUUACGCUUGUUAACUGCCUAUACAAGAAUGACGUCAUCGUCGUCUUACGAAGAAGAUGACGAGGUAGUGAUGAAGAUCCCACACGAGUUCAUGGAUCAUCCGCUCGGUUUUGUUGUUGAUGCAGGCGGUUCUGUGGCAAAGGUCCUCUACAGGUCGAAAAAGGAUUAUAAAGAUGGAAAACUAUUGAAGCCAUCAGAUUUUGGACGGGUUCGUUUGAGAUAUUUCAAGAUGGCGGACGUUGGUCAGAUAACUGGCUACUUGAGGGAAAACUGCGACUCCAUGUUUGUGGGAACCGGAAGUGGAUACGAGGACAUCACGUGGUGUAUGACGGGAGUGACCACGCAACAUUUCAAGGCUAAACUGGAUGCCGAAUUCCAGAUAAAAACAAAACUAUGCUCAGAAAUGUUAGGCCUACAAGAGGCAAUAAAAAUGUCGGAUGAUCUCAAAAUAGGUUUCUACGAUUUGGACAUGGAAGCGUUCGAUUUGUCGAUCAAAAUGGUCAGAGACCUGGCCGGAGCGCUUAGUAAAGGAAUCAUUCAUGAGCCUCUCGUCGAAGAUGAUUCAAAGAAGAAGAAUGAUGCCGAUGUCAAUGGAGAUGCGAAAAAUGUUUCUGAUUGCGAGAAAAAAGCUUGCGAUGGCGGGAAAACGCCGUGUAAUGAUGAGAGUAAGUGUAAUAAUGACGAGGAAAACUUAGAUGAAGGGAAAAAAUCCGCUGCCAAUGAGAACGAUGAUGACAAAACAACAGCCAACAGCAAGACCUCCGAUAAAGCAUCAUCUGUAUCGCCUCCAGGGUUCACUUUCAAAGGUCCAGUCAUUGAACUGCUGACGGAGAAAAAUAACAAGGAAUGGGCGGAGAAAUAUUUGAAGCCAACGUCCGAUAAAAUGGUGACGCCGUCCGUUCUGAUGCUAUAUGGAUCGGCGGCUGGCGUUUUGCUGGUAAACGACGAUUACACAAUGAAAGGAAUCGACUUUACAGCGGCUGCGGGCAAGACGCUGUGCGGUCUCGUCGAAGAAAUGCUCGGUGAAAAGGACUUCGACAAAUUCAUCGAGAUGGCGACCAGGGGUAACUUAGACAACGUGACGAUCUUACUGUCGGACGUGAGAAAUCACGAACACUUAGAAGUUGACUGGUACGGAUUCUUUCCAGAUGAUUACCCAGUUUUCGAACUUGGAAAACUUACAUCUUCCAAUGCUAAAGGGAAAGGAACGUAUUCGAGAGAGGAUUUGGCAGCCGGCAUCCUGAACUUCCAGGCGUCCAACAUCAGCAAACUCAUGUACCACAAUUGCCUCAUACAAAAAUUAGACCACGCCUACUUUUGUGGCUCUCUUAUGAGAUAUGAAAUUGUCAGGAAGAUGAUUACUAAAAACUUCCUUAACGACACAUUUUGGCGCAGUUUAGAUGGGGGCAGUCUGAUUAAACCAGCAUUCAUCCGACAGCCGGGAUUCUUACUCACACUUGGUCUAUGGACAGCCAACGUCCAACUAGCCAAAAAAGCUCGAGAAAAUAAAAAAAACUAACACAUAAACUGCUCAAAACCUAAAUUAUUCCGCCUAAAAAUCCAAAAAUCAUGCGAUGUUUCGUUAUACUUCACCUAUAUAACGCUUUACUUUGCAUAUAAAAGUAAUAAAUUAAUUUGAAUCGUCUUCUUAAUAAACCCAUCACUGUUUG